AUGUUGGUGAAAAUCGAAAACUGUACCAAAUUAUCCGCCAAGUUAGUGGUAAAUCCUCAAGACUCUGUUCGAAAUGUGAAUGGCAACUUUAUCGCUGAAAACUCGGCCAAGGUCGAUCACUGGCGUGAAGAUUUAGAACACCUCCUCAACUUCGAUGAGCAACCCAUCACAUCCUCCCUCUCCUCUGCAGCGGAUUUUCAACCUUCUCCAGCCUAUGCAGUGUCGUGCGACCUCGCUUCUGAAGACGAAGUUGACGAUGAUAUACAAAAGAUACGCAACAAGGCGUACAGGGAGAGCGGUGUUCCCGCUGAAGUCUACAAGUCUUGUGUCGACACUCUGGCUCAUUGGCUUUAUGAGGUGAUUGGACAAGCGUGGAGAGACGAAACCGUUCCGGACGACUGGGGCUCAGGCAUCGUCGUACCUAUCUACAAGAAGACUUUCGCAGUGUGGCGUCCCACAAUAUUCCUUGUUUUCAUAAACGACUGUAUUGGGGACAUAGAGUGUAAUGUCACCUUGUUCGUUGACGACAAAAUUAUGUAA